AUGGGUCGACACGCGAACCCUGACAUUCGCCGUGCUUUUGUAGAGUUCCAAGAUGCGGACACACCUUCGAAAUGCAAUAGGGUCAGAUGUCAGCACUGCGGGUUCGUGAGAGCGAAGAACACGACCAGGCAGAUCGAACAUCUCCAGGAGUGUCAAGCCUACCUCAACUCUCCAGAAGCGCAAGCACACAUGAUCGCGAACCAGAGCAGCCAGUCUAUGGUCGACUCUACCAUGUCGCAAGCACCAAGUGCCAUAUUGAACGGUCAGCAGCCAAACCCAAAUCUUCAGAUACGCCGUCGUGGUCCCAAUACGAAACGCGCUCGUGAUGGCCAGCCCAUUGCGCCGAACCCUAUGCAGCAGCACUCCGCACCCUCCUUGACGGGCCACCUCCUCACAACGUGCGCUGGGCCGUUUGUGCAGGCGACACAACAGCCUUUCCUCUCCCAUGCUGGCUGUGGCUCGCUCGCUGCGGACCCCUUGUCACAAUGGCUGGUACAAGAUGGACACUACUCGAGAGGGUACAUACGCUUCGUAGGGCAACUGCUUGCAAAGAUCAGGUUACCGCAAACGCAGAACUCACAGUUUCACCCUAUGUAUAGAACCAUGGACCUGUUGAUCUCAGCUCUAAACAACAUGCGCCGCGAGAUGCAGUUUUUUGAAAUCACUGCUACUAAGUAUGGCCUUGCGCUUGGCAAUGAGCCUCCUUCACCCAUCACACGCGCCCUGUUGGAUCUGUUCGUAAGCGCUAGCAGCUCAAGUGCCUCCCUUCUCGAAGGCAUGGUCGUUCUAUGGGGCACCGAGCAUUGCUAUCGCUCUGCCUGGCAGUACGCAUCUUCCUUCAGCACCUCCCUCUCGACGCCCAGCAACGACAACCACAUCGUGGCCCUUCACCAGGCCCUGAUCCCGAACUGGACAUCACCAGCGUUCAACAAGUUCGUAGACGCCACACGUGCGCUCGUUGACGAACUUGCGAAUACUACUACAGCUCGCGAUGGCAAGGAGGAGAUGCUGCGCUGCGACGAGAUCUUCCGUCAGAUAUGUUGGUUGGAGCAACGCUUCUGGCCGGAGGUGGAUGGGAUGGGCGAAGAGGAUGAAGGCGCACAGCUCGGUGGGCCCGAGCAUAUAGGACCUAUGGGCGCUGGCCUCGACAACGGCAUGCGCAACACCUCGAUGAGCAAUAACGAUAUGCGCAACCAGAAUACGAACAGUGGUCCCAUCAAUGCUAGCCGUAUAAACAGCAACGCCAUGAACAACAGCAUGGGCAGGAACAACAUGAACGGACAGUUGGGCUUGCAGAUGAACAGAGCAAGCAUGAACAAUCAGAACAUGAGCGGCCAAGGCAUGAGUGCCACUGUAAUGAACGACGAUGAUGGCACACCUGGCAACGAUGACGGUAGGAACAACUCCAUAUUCGCCAACAGCGGGCUUGAAGGAUUAGGUCCGUGA